AUGGGCAGCACGGUGAAAGCCUGGUGGGUCAUGGUAGAGGUUGCCUGCAGGAUUCUGGGUAUUUCUACGUCAGCAGUGCUUUGUGUUGUAGGAGUGGAGACGUUACGACAGGGGAAGUUCCACAGUCUGGCCAUCUACCUGCUGGUGUCUGGGGCAGGUAUGAUGGUGUUUGAGGUAGCCUACUUCCUAGAUGCCCUCCUGCAGAUGUGUCUGCCUUUCCCCCCAGGGUGGCGUGUGUUUGUGUUGUGGGGGAAGAUGGCUCGUCUUGGAGCCUUUCAGAAGUUCCUCUACUACUCCAUGAUGUCAGUGGUGUGUUUCCUUCACCCUGUGUUAGUGUGGCAUGCUGUUAUACCAGGCAUCAUGCUCCUGGUCACAGCCUUCUUCAACUUCAUCCUCAGCAAAAAUACCGAAACAGUGUCCCCUAAAGACCUGGAGGACAAUGUAGAGAUAACGUCUGUGUGUGUGUCUGAGAGAGGAGGGACGGAACAUACCUUCUCUUUCCUCCACAUGGCGAUGGGCAGGAGAGGGGCAGGGCUGGCCUUCGUACCCAGGGAGAGUGGCUUGGGAGUGGGGGAGAGAGGAGAGAGCAGCCGGGCCAUGCUGGAGGUAGAGAUGGAGCAGCCAGGGUCAGAGCUGGAGCGAGUGAAGAAAAUACAUGUGCAUUUCCAGAACAGUGCUACAGAGGAGACAGAAAUGGAGGAGUACCAUGACUUUGAACCAGAAACCACCUUGGACACCGCUCCUAUGAUCACUAACUGA